ACACUUCACUCUCUUUCACUGCACUGCGUUUCCCGCUUCUUCUUGAAUUUCAUUCUCUCUUAUUUGACCCACCUCUUCCCUCUCUCUCUCUGGAGGUGUGGCGUGGAGCAAACGGAGUUGAGAUAGAGAGAUAGAGGGGGCUAUCCUCCAUACAAACAAGGGAUGGAGGAUAGACUUGACAUUUCUGCAAAAGAGACUAACAGAGAAGUGCCUGAGGUGAUGGAUACUCCGGAGAGGAGCAAGAACAGUCAGAUCUCAGCUUCUCUUGCCAAAUUUGAGGAUUCUCCGGUUUUUACCUUCCUCAACAGUCUUUCCCCUAUCAAGCCGGUUAAAUCCACACACAUCACUCAGACAAUCAACCCUCUUAGUUUUGCAUCCAUUCCAUCCGUCUUCACUUCGCCUCAUGUUAGCUCUAUACGGGAAUCCAGGUUUCUCCGAAGGCAUCAGCUUUCCGAUCCAUCAAAACCUGAGUUUUCUUCCGAUGACGGGACCAAACAUGAUGCAAACAAGGCAAAUGCAGAUGCUACCGAGCAAAUGGAUGAGCAAAAGGAAAAUGGUGAUGGUGGUGAUAUGGCUGCUGAGCCAUCUUACGAUGAUUGCUCCAAGUUUGUGGUGGAUUUUGCCAAAGACUAUGAAUGUGCUAGCCCUAACACCAACUUAAGAACGGGUUGUGGUCGUGAAGACAAAGACAUGGCAGAUUACGGCUCCACUUCUUCAGACCUUGUGCCGUUAAUGCAUGAACACCCUCAGAGGGGUGAAGUGAAUAGUGACGGGGUGAAUCAAAAUACAGAAGCUGCGCCCUGUGAUUGGGAGCAUAUGUUAUCUGAUACGUCUGAGCUGCUGAUUUUUGAAUCUCCGGAUGUUAGAGUUUCUUUCAGCAAAUCAGUUGAUCCCGGGGCGAGUUUCUAUACUGGCAUUAAGAGUGACAUGCAGAACUUGCACUUAAUUAGUGCAGUGGAUUCUGGUGAGCAUGUUGUCGAAGGAAAUGAAGCUGAAGUUAUGUCUACUCAGCCCGGAGAAGGAGACGAGGUGGACAAUGCUGCAUCAUUGAACAAUUCUGAUGAACAAGUGGAUUGUGAGCAACUUGGUUUCUACCGUGGUAUGAGAAGGCGCUGUCUGGUUUUUGAGAUGGGAGGGGCUCGUAGGAAACAUUUCGAAGAGAAUUCCAUCUCUGAUUCUUCUGCGUGGAUUCCUUCUGAUGGUAAUAUGGCCUCCAAUGACCAGAAGCUUGUCCUGUUAAACAGGGGAAACGAGUCUUCACGUCGUCUUAUGCCUGGCAUUGGCUUGCAUCUAAAUGCUCUUGCUACAACGCCUAAGGACUAUAAUGUUGUUAACCUUGAUUCUUCAUCGUCUGCACGGUUAUUGAUUGGUCCUAGCUCAGUUGCCAAUCUCCACACAUCAAAUGGCGGUCAAGGACUGCUGGACAACAUCUUAGUCGUUGCCACAUCUGACAGAGAUGUCGAUGGCAUGGAAAUUGCCGUUGAAGAGACCUGCCCACCAUCUGCAAACGCAGCAAAUGAAGAGAUCAAUCAGAGCAGUCCAAAGAAAAAGAGACGUAGGGCUGAACAAUCUGGAGAAGGAGAGUCGUGUAAACGAUGCAACUGCAAGAGAUCAAAAUGUCUUAAACUCUACUGUGAAUGCUUUGCUGCCGGGGUGUACUGUGUGGAGCCAUGUGCUUGUAUAGAUUGCUUCAAUAAACCUAUCCAUGAAGACACCGUCCUUGCAACGCGCAAGCAAAUCGAAUCCAGAAAUCCUCUCGCCUUUGCUCCCAAAGUGAUCAGAGGAUCAGAUUCGCCAUCAGAGAUCGGGGAUGACUCCAGCAAGACUCCUGCUUCUGCUCGUCAUAAGCGAGGAUGCAACUGCAAGAAAUCGGGCUGCCUAAAGAAAUACUGUGAAUGCUAUCAGGGUGGCGUCAGCUGCUCCAUCAACUGCCGAUGUGAAGGGUGUAAGAAUGCAUUUGGUAGAAAAGACGGCAUGGAAGCUGAAGCUGAGCAGGAAGAAAAAGAAGAAGAAACAGACGCGUCUGAGAAGGGCGUGCAGAAGAUUGCAAUGGAGAACGAUGUGGAACAGAACACGGAGUCUGCGCCUCCUGCAACCCCUCUACGGGGAGGAAGGCCAUCGGCUCAGCUCCCGUUUUCCUCAAAGAAGAAACCACCACGAUCCUCGCUCCCUUCCAUUGGCUCCUCCUCCUCGAGCUUCAUUCCUAGGCAAAGAUUCGGGAAAUCGAGCUUCCUCCCGCCACCACCAAAGUUUGAGACCAUCAGAGAAGACGAGAUCCCUGACUUUCUCCAAGGCGAAGGAGGGUCUUCUGACGGAGGCGUCCAGACUGCCUCGCCUAACCGGAAAAGAGUGUCUCCGCCUCACAAUGCAGGUGGCGGCAUGUCCCCUGGCCUCAGGAGCAGCCGGAAGCUCAUCCUUGAGUCGAUACCAUCGUUCCCGUCUCUCACUCCGAACCAGUGAAUCCUCUGUCUCCUCCAAGCCCAGGCCAGCUCUCCAUUGUAGUUCUGUAAGAUAUAUGUACUUUUAGUUGCAUUUUCACCUCUCAUUUUCAUGUUUGUAAAAUAGUUUUGUUUUGUACCAUAAUAAAACUUCUUGUAUACAUUAUAUUUGUAUACUAGAUUACAUGAAGUCUACUUAAA